GUUUACCUUGUUCUCCGUCUAAGCUUCGGAAACCACCGUCCUGGCAAUAGCAAUAACCGAUUUAUCUCCCGAAAAGGCUAGAAACUAGUACGUAUUUACCCUUCUUCUUUUCCACCCAAAAAAACAAAACAUUUAAGAGUGGAGAGCUUAAUCAUUAAUUUUUUUUUUGAAAAAAGAAUUAAGUUUUUAGGGUUUUAAUUUUCGGACAGUGAUCCGAAAGCCGAUCCGUGAUCGAGAAGGGAGAAUGUAUCAGUGGAGGAAGUUCGAGUUCUUCGAGGAGAAAUUGGGAGGAGGGAAAUGCAAAAUCCCAGAGGAAAUCAGUGGAAAAAUCGAGUGUUGCUCCAGCGGCAGAGGAAAGCUGGUGAUCGGCUGCGACGACGGCACUGUAAGCCUCCUGGACCGCGGCCUCAACUUCAAUUUCGGCUUCCAAGCUCACUCUUCUUCCGUCCUCUUCCUCCAGCAGCUCAAGCAACGAAAUUUCUUGGUGAGUAUUGGAGAAGAUGAGCAAAUAUCACCGCAACAAUCAGGGAUGUGCCUGAAGGUAUUUGAUCUUGAUAAAAUGCAGCCGGAAGGAUCGAGUACCACUAGUCCUGAUUGUAUUGGAAUUUUGCGUAUUUUCACCAAUCAGUUUCCUCAAGCUAAGAUCACAUCAUUUUUGGUCUUAGAGGAAGCUCCGCCGAUAUUACUUAUAGCCAUUGGGCUAGACAAUGGUUGCAUUUACUGCAUCAAGGGAGAUAUUGCACGUGAAAGAAUAACCCGCUUCAAGCUUCAGGUUGAUAGUGUUUCUGACAAAGGAAAUUCACCGAUUACAGGACUAGGUUUUCGAUUGGAUGGUCAAGCCCUUCUAUUGUUUGCUGUAACUCCAAAUUCAGUAAGCUUGUUCAGCAUGCAGAACCAACCUCCUAGGCGGCAAAUUUUAGAUCAGAUUGGAUGCAAUGUCAAUAGUGUCACAAUGAGUGACCGCUCGGAGUUGAUAAUUGGUCGACCUGAGGCUGUGUAUUUCUAUGAAGUAGAUGGACGUGGUCCAUGUUGGGCUUUUGAAGGAGAGAAGAAGUUUUUAGGGUGGUUUCGUGGAUAUUUAUUAUGUGUUGUUGCAGAUCAAAGAAAUGGCAAGAAUACUUUUAAUGUUUAUGACCUCAAGAACCGGUUAAUAGCACACAGUCUAGUGGUUAAAGAAGUUUCUCACAUGCUUUGUGAAUGGGGUAAUAUAAUACUUAUAAUGACUGACAAAUCAGCUUUGUGUAUCGGUGAGAAGGAUAUGGAAAGCAAGUUAGAUAUGCUCUUCAAGAAAAACCUUUACACUGUAGCUAUCAACCUUGUUCAAACUCAGCAAGCUGAUGCUGCUGCAACUGCUGAAGUAUUGAGGAAGUAUGGCGAUCAUCUAUAUAGCAAACAAGACUAUGAUGAGGCUAUGGCUCAGUACAUCCUCACCAUUGGUCACCUUGAACCUUCAUAUGUAAUACAAAAGUUUCUGGAUGCACAAAGAAUCUACAACCUUACAAAUUACUUAGAAAAUUUACAUGAGAAGGGGCUUGCCUCUAAAGAUCACACUACCCUUCUGUUAAACUGCUAUACAAAAUUGAAAGAUGUCGAAAAGCUGAAUGUGUUCAUUAAGAGUGAGGAUGGUGUUGGGGAACAUAAAUUCGAUGUGGAGACUGCUAUAAGGGUCUGCCGUGCUGCCAAUUACCAUGAACAUGCCAUGUAUGUUGCAAAGAAGGCAGGCAGACAUGAAUGGUACUUAAAGAUUUUGCUUGAAGACCUCGGCAGAUAUGAUGAAGCAUUGCAAUAUAUUUCAAGCCUUGAACCAAGUCAAGCUGGGGUGACAGUGAAGGAAUAUGGGAAGAUUCUCAUCGAGCACAAACCAGAAGAGACAAUUGAUAUACUCAUGAGGCUUUGUACUGAGGAUGUAGAUUUGGCUAAAAGUGGAACCUCAAAUGGUGCUUACUUAUCUAUGUUGCCAUCUCCUGUUGAUUUCCUCAACAUUUUCAUCCACCAUCCACAAUCUCUUAUGGAUUUCCUUGAAAAAUAUGCUGACAAGGUAAAAGAUUCUCCUGCUCAAGUAGAGAUUCACAACACACUCUUGGAGUUGUACCUGUCUAUUGAUUUGAACUUCCCUUCAAUCGCCCAAGGUAACAAUGGUAUAGAUUUUAAUCUUAAAGUGAAACCAGCAACACCUGCAACAUCAAGGGCAGUGUAUAAUGGGAAGUUAACUGUAGAUGGUAAGAAUUCAUAUUUUGAAAAGGAUACUCUGGAAAGGCGUGAGAGAGGGCUACGCUUGCUUAAGAGUGCAUGGCCAUCUUACCUGGAACAUCCACUUUAUGAUGUUGAUCUCACUAUUAUCUUAUGUGAGAUGAAUGCAUUUAAAGAAGGUUUAUUGUAUCUCUAUGAGAAGAUGAAGCUUUAUAAAGAAGUGAUUGCUUGUUACAUGCAAGCUCAUGAUCAUGAGGGAUUGAUUGCAUGUUGCAAAAGGCUAGGGGAUUCUGGUAAAGGUGGGGAUCCCACCCUUUGGGCAGAUCUUCUAAAGUAUUUUGGGGAACUUGGGGAAGAUUGCUCUAAAGAAGUGAAAGAAGUAUUGACCUAUAUAGAAAGGGAUGACAUCUUGCCUCCCAUUAUCGUCCUUCAGACACUUUCAAGGAAUCCGUGCCUCACACUAUCUGUUAUUAAAGAUUACAUUGCUCGGAAACUUGAACAAGAAUCAAAGCUGAUUGAAGAGGACAGACGGGCUAUAGAGAAGUAUCAGGAAGACACAUUGACGAUGAGAAAAGAAAUUGAGGACCUUAGGACAAAUGCCAGGAUAUUUCAGCUGAGCAAGUGCACUGCUUGCACUUUUACCCUUGACCUCCCAGCUGUCCACUUCAUGUGUAUGCACUCAUUUCAUCAACGUUGCCUUGGUGAUAAUGAAAAGGAAUGCCCUGAGUGUGCUCCUGAGUACAGAUCUGUAAUGGAAAUGAAGAGAAGCUUGGAACAGAAUUCAAAAGAUCAAGAUCGAUUCUUCCAACUAGUUAAGAGCUCGAAGGAUGGGUUUUCUGUAAUUGCUGAGUAUUUUGGGAAGGGGGUCAUUAGCAAAACUAGUAAUGGUUCCACAGGAACUGUUAGAUCUGGCAGCACCUCUUCCAGCAGUGGCUUCUGAAUUUUGUUGAUUGUUGUAAUUUUUAAGUGUUCUUUCUGAAGCAUAUCUCUCCUCGUUCUUUGCAUUGCUAGGUCAAUGUUGUUUUGCAUCACCAUGACUGGUGGUUAAUAGAGUGAGACGGGGAUCGCAGCUUUGUUGGGGCACCUGCCCUUGUAUAAUUUUGAUGGACCUAUAGUUCCUUUUCCCAAUUGGAUUAGCUGUUCAAUGGUGAGAAUUCCAAAGUUCCAUGGUGAGUAAUUA